CCUCUCUCUUCAUCUUCAUCUUCAUCAUCUCUUAUCUAAAUCAUCGUACUCUUCAUCUUUGUGAAGUCCUGGUUUCUUUCAUUUCGUUGGUCUGUCAAGUUCGUUUACAUUUUUAUAGCCGCCAUCAUGAAAGGCAUCUUCGGCCUUUCAUUGCUUCCGCUGCUUGUUGCAGCCUCGCCUGUUGUUGUCGACUCGAUUCACAACGGAGCCGCUCCCAUCCUUUCAUCUACAAACGCUAAGGAGGUCCCGGACUCUUAUAUUGUUGUCUUCAAGAAACACGUAGACCCUGUUGCCGCCUCUGUUCAUCACAGUUGGGUGCAGGACAUCCACGGGCAGAAGAGUGGUGGAAGGGCAGACCUGAAGAAGCGUUUCCUCGGCUUGGAAUUCGGAUUCGGCGAAGAGAUCUAUGACGGUCUAAAGGCCACCUUCAAUAUCGCAGGAUCCCUCAUGGGGUACUCGGGACAUUUCCACGAGGAUACGAUCGAGGAAAUCCGCAAACAUCCUGACAUCGAGUACAUUGAGCGAAACUCCGAAGUCCAUACAUUGGAGGACACGGACGUUGAGAAGAACGCCCCUUGGGGUUUGGCUCGUAUCUCGCAUCGGGACAGACUCACUUUCGGUACAUUCAACAAGUACCUCUACGCUUCCGAGGGAGGUGAGGGAGUUGAUGUUUACACUAUUGAUACUGGUAUCAAUAUCGAACAUGAGGACUUUGAGGGCCGUGCUUUCUGGGGCAAGACUAUCCCUAACAACGACGCGGAUGAAGAUGGUAACGGUCACGGCACUCACUGCUCGGGCACCAUUGCCGGAAAGAAGUACGGUGUUUCUAAGAAGGCCAACAUCUAUGCUGUUAAGGUUCUCAGGUCCAGUGGCUCUGGCACCAUGGCCGACGUUGUCCAGGGUGUCGAGUGGGCUGUCGAGUCUCAUCUCAAGAAAGCCAAGAAGGGUGGCAACGGCUUCAAGGGCAGCGUUGCUAACAUGAGCCUUGGCGGUGGCAAGUCGAAGACCCUUGAGGAUGCUGUCAAUGCUGGCGUUGAAGCCGGUGUUCACUUUGCUGUCGCUGCUGGUAACGACAACGCCGAUGCGUGCAGCUACUCUCCCGCAGCCGCUGAGAAGGCAGUGACUGUAGGAGCUUCGACCCUUGCUGACGAGCGCGCUUACUUCUCCAAUUAUGGCAAGUGCACAGAUAUCUUUGCUCCUGGCCUCAACAUUCUGUCAACUUGGAUUGGCAGCAAGUCGGCGGUCAACACCAUCUCGGGAACCUCCAUGGCUUCGCCUCACAUUGCCGGUCUCUUGGCGUACUUUGUUUCCCUUCAACCGUCCAAGGACUCUGCUUUCGCAGUCGAUUUCACUCCUGAGAAGCUCAAGAAGGAUAUCAUAUCCAUUGCCACUGAAGGUGUCCUUACUGACAUUCCUGCGGACACCCCCAACCUCCUUGCUUGGAACGGUGGUGGCUCCACCAACUACUCUGAUAUCAUUGCCAAGGGUGGCUACAAGAGCGGCUCUCAUGUCGACUCCACUCCUUUCAAGGCUGGAGGUAUCCUCGCCCAGGCCAUGUAAAGCACUCCGGAGUGCAUCUGUGUUGCUCGUUUUCUGAAGAUUCUGCGUUGGUUUGGCUUGACUUAACUUGAUUGAUUGCGUAACCGACACUCGGGUAGUGAGUGCUAUCUUUGGCCACUUGAUGGUACAUGGCAUAGAUCGUUUUGCAAUGACACUGGAUG